AUGAUUUUGGUGCUCUUCAGAGGAGAACCAUGGCAUCGGCUCCGUCGAGAGGACUUCUCACAGGUCGACCAAGGUGACUCUGUAGAGCUCUUCGAUCUCAUAUGGAGCAUGAUGAGAACGGACCCCUCGAUGCGAGUCGACAUCAAUGCCGUAUGGGCACACCCGAUCGUGUCGAGGACGAGGGAAGCCAUGGAGUGCAUCCGUGAGCGAGCAUUGGCUGGAGCUGCCGAUGGGAGCGUCGCGGGCCCUGGUGCGAUGUUCUGUGCUAGUCCGUUGGCGACGGUCCCGGAGGGCUUCUUGGAGGAGAUUCUGGGGAGAACCGCGGGUAGCUCUGAUGAUGAUGAGACGGAUGCGAUGGACUUGAGUUGA